AGUCUUCGAGCUGAUGACAUAAUGUCGAUGAGAAAAAGGCUUGUCAAGAAAGACCUCCCAUGCCAGGAGAAUAAGAUCAGCACCACUUGAAAGAGGCUUCUCCAAAGUAGGAUUAGGCCUCUCCAAAUUGGAAGGACCCUCGUCAUCAACCUUUCUGAGUAUUAUCGUGGAUGCAUUUCAACGCCAGUCGUGAAGCUCGGACGUACGUCCUUUUUCGAACCGGCCAGUGGCGUCGCAAACGGCCGUUGGCAUUCUCCAGAGAGUGCGAAGGCACCUCGGUCCUCCUGCAUCCUUCCCGUCGAGGCCAAAGGGAGGUUCACGUCCCACAUUCAUUCUUCUGGAGACAUUCAAGUGCAUGCAAAAACCCUCAAAGUGAAUCGAACUUGUCCCUUGACCAGAGUCGACCGAGCCGUAGUGAAGGAGUGGCCGAGUGGAUGCAGUGAUUAACGGCCUAUUUAUUUGCACCUUUUGUUUUUUAAUGAGGACCUCCCAACAGUCACGAUGUGCCACGAUCCUCGAGAAUUGCGGUUCCAGACCAAGUAGCAAUGGCCUGGCAUUCAAGACCCUACCUGUCGCCUCGCCAUUACCAAUACCAAUACCCAUAUCACCCAAUUCCAAUAUGAUGAGCUUGGCUCAAGUGAACAUCUCGGGGUUGCGAGCAGCUACGGAUGAAUCCAGGCAUCGGCACCGUCGCUUGAUUUGGGUGUUCUUACUCACGGCUUGCUUCGCCGUGAUGGUGGCCCAAAUCACGGACAGAGUGCGGCAUUUCCUCUCCGAACCCGUAUCCGUUCAAGUGCGAGUGGAAAGAAACAGCAGUCUUACUUAUCCGGCCAUCACCCUUUGUAACAAAAAUCAGUUCAAUAUGACGGCCAUCAAUCUGUUGAAAAGCAAGUAUGGUCUGGACCGCCUUCCAGAAACCAUAAUAGACUCCAAUUUUACCAAGACCAAACCGUCCGUGAAGAAUCCAAAAGAAGAUGUAGCCAAACUCCUUCGUAUACCAGGGCUCAAUGCGUUCACUCUUUGGGAGAAGACAGCUCAUGCCAAACCCAAAAUGAUCAAAGAGUGCUGGUUUGGGCGGAACGUCACUUGCGAUGCUCGUGGAACGUGGUCCCUUUCUUUGACAACGAUGGGCGUGUGUCAUACGUAUACCUUGAAUGAUAGUCUAAUCCAUUUGGCCGGGAUCUUCCACAACUUGUACCUCAAAAUUCAAGAGCUGGAGGAAGACCAUUACCGAAGCGAUGAAGGGUGGAAAUUCUAUAUUCACAACCCACUGGAACUUCCCACCUUGGGCGUGGAAACCCAUGGGACGUCUCUUUAUCCAGGCCAAGGGCGGGAUCUUAGGCUUGACCUGAAAAAAAUAUGGGCCUUACACCACUCGAAAAAUCCUUGUGAAAGAAACCUGGCUUAUCUGCAAAACAAUUGCUUUUUCGAUUGUUUUAUGAACCGGCUUCACAAAGAAAAUAUUACUUGUAGUCUUCCAUACAUGAUAGGAAGUCCAUUGCCUUAUUGCUCAACCCCAGAGAGCUACCAUAACACCGAAGAGAUCGCUAAUAAUCUAUUCUUCUUCGGACAAUGGAACCCCAAUGAAUGUCAAUGUAAACAGCAGUGCCUCAAAACGUUGUUUACUUCCUCGUUAGAGUCCACUACAGACAAGUACAGCGCCAAAAAGCAAGUCAGUCGAGCGCGGGUUCGGAUCUACUACCAGAACCUCCAGUAUGAAUUCAUCAAGGAGACCGUGGGCUAUGGGACGAUUGAUCUACUUUGUGACAUUGGUGGAACACUUAGCCUCUUGAUGGGAGCCUCUCUUCUGACGUGUUGUGAACUUUUGGAGGUGGCGUGGAUGAGCUUGGUUUCGAAAUGCCGACCUUGUCGAAGACAGGACAAGCAGCCCAAAGAGGGAACAAUGGAUGCAUCUCAAGUUCAUGUCUAGGCCUAAUGAGACUAACUUCCCCAGUCCCCAGUGCGGUUGUGUUAUACACUAAGUGCAAACUAAAUUGGCGAUCGUGCAAAAUCUGAGCAAAUCGCCCACCUCCGCCGGUCUAGGUCUUGUCUAUGAGAAGAGGCCUCGGGCUCAUGAUGUGCCUGGUAGGAGAGAGAAUGAGUGACAAGUGCACAAGCUAGGUGGCACUCUGGACAACGCGGAAUGGAGUGGUUGACAAAGAGUUUGGUUUGGCAGUGAGACGAAGAUGGACGUUCAAUCCCAUCGUUCAAUGCAAGGCUGCAUGAGUAUGAUUGAUCAUCAUGCCGCGGUGAAAGCAAAACUAACUUCAGUAUUCAAAUUUUAGUUUUCCGUAGUGUUGACUUAUUAAAAGUGAAUAAAUUAGCGAUAUAAAAAAGA